UAAAGGGUUUUUCUUAUCAUUUACCCUGAAGAAUCUUCAAUACAGAAUAACAUUUCAGUUAUUUCUCUAGCAUUCAUCAGCUCAUCAAAUAGUAAGAGAGAUUUUGGGAGUUUGAAAAAUGGAAGACUCGAUUGGUCCAAGGUUGUACAGCUGCUAUAAAUGUCGAAACCAUUUAGCUCUUCAUGAUGAUAUCAUUUCAAAAGGUUUUCAGUCGAAAAAUGGGAGAGCCUAUCUUUUUACACAUGUGAGGAAUGUUUUCGAAGGGCCUAAAGCCGACCGGCAGCUGAUCACCGGUCUGCACACAGUGGCCGACGUGCACUGCGCCGAUUGCCGAGAGGUUUUGGGAUGGAAGUACGAGAAGGCAUACGAGGAAUCCGAGAAGUACAAGGAAGGAAAAGUUGUGCUUGAAAAGUUUAAGAUUGUUAAGGAGAAUUGGUAGUUCCUAUUACUGUUUCAUAGCCAAAAAUCCUGUCUCUUGUGUUGUACAGAGAAUCUCAUGAAGUGAAACUUGUCUUCAUUAACUGUGAACCGUAAAUAAGAUUUGUGGAUAAUGAUUUGUUCUGUUAAUAAAUUUGUGGGUUUAACAAAUUAUGAUGC